GGUCUCGGGACCCACUCCGCUCCGCUGGGCUUGAGGGGCGGCGGAUGGUGGGUCGAGGGUGGUGUUUCCGCGGGUCGGCGGCUACAGGGCUGCCCAGCCGUCCACAGAAAGCCCGUCCGCCGAGGUGGAGCGAAGCUUUUCUCCGCCGCCGCCCUCUCCGCCCUCGGAGCUCUCCCAGGAUACCUCAGAUUUCCCUGGAGUCCGGAGCUCUAGGGGCGCGCUCGGCCCUCCUUUUCCUCUUCAGCCUGCGCCGCGAGCGGCUGCCGGCCUGGCCAGCACCUCGCGUGUGGGACCUCAUCCCUUAGCCUCAAUGCCCGUGCGAGAAGAGUUGAGUGGGUGCCGGUGGUUGGAGCUGUGCAGGUGUCCCCCGGUGGCAAGUGUGGCCACAGCACCGGGCGCUAUUAAGUUUUAUGCGCGCACGUUGCAAGGACUGUGUGUGAGUCUGGUAAUAUUCGUAGGUUACAGAGAUUAAGAAGUGACUUAUCUUCCUUUGGGGCAGCAUUAAGCCCAAUACAGUCUGGAAGCCUCAGUUACUGAAAAUGGAAGUGAAAGUGAAUCAAGAGCAAGGCAGCAUUAGGAUGGUUUCAUCUGGGAAUAGUAUUGUUACGAGCAGUAACUUUACAACAGAAAUCUCUUGGUGUGUACUCACAUUUUGGCGGGGUAUAAUUUGGUAUCCUGAGUGUCUGUCUUAGCAAGAAGGAAGUGGAAAAUACUCUUGAAAAGAAAACUAAGACAAUAAGGAAGCCAGAACUUACUUUUACAUGGUGAUUUGCUCACUUAACAGUAUGGACACUUUUCCCACCACAUUUCCUCCUGGUGGAGACAGUGGGCUGACAUGUUCUCAGUCUGAGGUGCAAAAAAUGUUAAUUGAUGAAAGGUUACGAUGUGAACAUCAUAAAACUAACUAUCAGACUCUUAAAGCCGAACACACAAGGUUGCAAGAUGAGUACAUAAAGUCACAAAAUGAACUCAAGCGCCUAUUAAAUGAAAAGCAAACUCACCAGGAAAAAUUUCAGCUGCUGCUUGAAGAGCUACGAGGGGAAUUAGUAGAGAAAACUAAAGACUUAGAAGAAAUGAAACUGCAGGUGUUAACUCCACAAAAGUUGGAACUGUUACGAGCCCAGAUACAACAAGAAUUAGAAACUCCAAUGAGGGAACGUUUUAGGAAUCUGGAUGAAGAAGUGGAAAAGUAUAGAACUGAAUAUAAUAAACUCCGCUAUGAACAUACAUUUCUUAAAUCAGAAUUUGAACACCAGAAAGAAGAAUUUGCACGUCUUCUACAAGAAGAAAAAAUAAAAUGUGAAUCAGAGAUUGCAGGACUGACGAAAGAUAAAGAAGAACUACAUAAUCAACUGCUUAGUGUUGAUCCCACAAGAGACAGCAAACGAAUGGAACAACUUGUUCGAGAAAAAGUCCAUUUAUGUCAGAAAGUAAAAGGCUUAGAGGCUGAGGUAGCCGAAUUAAGGGCUGAAAAAGAAAAUUCUGGUGCUCAGGUAGAAAAUGUCCAAAGAAUUCAGGUACGGCAGUUGGCUGAGAUGCAGGCUACAGUCAGAUCCCUGGAGGCUGAAAAACAGUCAGCUAAACUACAGGCUGAACGCUUGGAAAAAGAGCUACAAUCAAUUAAUGAACAAAAUACUGUUUUAAUUAGUAAAUUGCAUAAAGCUGAACGGGAAAUAAAUACAUUGACCAGUAAAGUAAAAGAACUUAAACAUUCAAACAAACUAGAAAUAACAGACAUCAAACUGGAGACAGCAAGAGCUAAAAGUGAGCUAGAAAGAGAAAGGAAUAAGAUUCAAAGUGAACUGAAUGGGUUACAGUCAGACAAUGAAAUUCUCAAGUCAGCUGUUGAACACCACAAAGCACUCCUAGUAGAAAAGGAUCGUGAAUUAAUACGUAAAGUACAAGCUGCCAAGGAAGAAGGUUAUCAAAAACUCGUGAUAUUACAAGAUGAAAAGCUAGAGCUUGAGAACAGAUUAGCGGAUUUAGAAAAAAUGAAAGUGGAACAUGAUGUCUGCAGACAGUCUGAAAAGGAUCAGUGUGAAGAGAAAUUGCGAGCUUCGCAGAUGGCAGAAGAGUCGGCCAGAAGGGAACUUCAGAGUAUUAGGUUAAAACUUCAGCAACAAAUUGUGAAUAUUGAAAAUGCAGAGAAAGAAAAAAAUGAAAAUGCUGACCUGAAACAGCAAAUCAGUAGUUUGCAGAUCCAAGUGACCUCACUUGGACAGUCAGAGAAUGAGUUGCUGAAUUCAAACCAAAUACUGAAGGAAAUGGUAGAGAGGUUAAAACAGGAAUGCCGAAAUUUAAGAAGCCAAGCUGAGAAAGCACAACUGGAAGUUGAAAGGACUUUGGAAGAGAAACAGAUACAGUGGUUGGAAGAAAAGCAUAAAUUUCAGGAACGUCUCACUGACAGAGAAGAAAAGUAUAAUCAAGCUAAAGAAAAACUGCAGCGAGCUGCAAUUGCCCAGAAAAAGAGAAAAUCCCUUCAUGAAAACAAAUUGAAGAGACUGCAGGAGAAAGUAGAAAUCUUAGAGGCAAAGAGAGAAGAAUUAGAAACAGAAAACCAGGUGUUAAAUAGACAAAAUGUUCCAUUUGAAGAAUAUACAAGGCUUCAAAAAAGACUAAAGGACAUACAGAGAAGACAUAAUGAAUUUCGAAGUUUAAUUUUGGUUCCUAACAUACCUCCAACAGCAUCCAUCAAUCCUUUUAGUGUUCAGUCAUCAGCCAUGGUUCCAGGCAUGGACUUGUCGUUUCCUCCUCAUAUGCAGGAGGAACAGCAUCAAAGGGAACUCUCUCUACUCCGCAAAAGACUAGAAGAACUAGAAACAACACAAAGGAAGCAACUAGAGGAACUUGGAUCUCCUGGGGAAUGAUGUUCAUGGAAAAAAGAUCAAAAGGGAUGAAAUCACUGUGACUCAAUAAAGCUUGAAGUUUUAACGUA